CUUCCGUCUAGCAAUAAACUCUUGACGCUGCUGUUUUAAGAUGAAGCUAGCCCUUCUUACAGUCGCCAUCUUGUUUGCUCUCUCUGAGGGGAAAAGCCUUAAGCGCACACUUAAGUGUCACCACUUUGGGGGAGACGCCCCACCAGCAGCAGGUAAACGAGAUAUCUUUUGUAUUGAUCUCGAUCAGUACGGAUAUGCUGCAGCAGGUAAACGCUUCACACCUUACCAACCACCUGCUGAUGGACUACCCCCACCCCCUCCACCACCUCCACCACCUCCACCACCAGCUGAUGGAGCACUAUUUCCACCACCACCACCACCUGCUGAUGGAGCACCCCCUCCACCACCUCCACCCCCUCCAACACCAGCACAACGUGACCUAGACUGUGAUUACGUCGGAACACCAGCAGCGGGCAGACGAGACAUCUACUGCUACGACUCGGAUGAUUACGGUUCUGCUGUGGUAGGGAAACGCCAUCUCCUGCCCACACGCUACUUCCCCUCCGAUUAGAUCCACACAACUUCAGCACCAUAUGACCCACAAUGAAUCACGAUGAUCCACUAUGACCUCACAACCCCUCCCACAGACUUCUUGUAUGUGUGUUGGCCUAUUUUAGACAGAAUACCACAUAAUUCUAAGUAUGGCCUGAUUAAAAAUCAUGUAAAGUUAAUAUUUUUUAACUGUUCACUCUACGAUAGUUAACAAUGUUUGACAAAAGUUUUAAAUAAAAUUGUGGGAAACUAAA